GGAUAAACGGGGGAGAUGUGAUGAAGCUGAAGGAUGCGGAGAUCUACACUUGCAAUGGCCUCAUGAUGCAUACCAAGAAGGUUCUGAACUCAGCACCCAAAAUCGUCAUUCCAAUUUAUAGAACCUUUGUUUGCACGGCGUGCUUAAGUUGAUUUCUUGUUUAUGGCACUUGUUUGCGGCGUGAAGGUCAUUACCCGAUAUGGAAUAUCCUUUGCAUUUGAAGGUCAUUACCCGAUGCUGCUCGGCGCGCACCCGGCCCUCCCCCCUCCUCCUCAUGGACGCCACGAGCCGCAUCUGGCCGCCCCCGACCCCCUCGCCGCCGCCCUUCUCCUCCUGGCCCCGCGCGUCGCUGUCCCAGCACCGCCGCUGCCGCCGCCACUCCAAGAAGACCAAGCCUCCGCCGCAGAGCGCGGACUCCUCCGCCCUCCCGCCGGAGCUCGUCCACAAGGCGCUGGCGGCAGCGUACGCCUCUGACGUCGCGGCCGCCAACCACGCGUGCCGGGACGCGCUGCGGCCGCUGCGCGAGGUGGCGGCGCUGCACGCGUACGGCCCCGUGAUGGGAGCCGCCGCCUCCGCCGCCGCCCGUGGGAGCGGGGUCAGCGUUCGGCACGAGGCAGAGAGGCAGCGCACGCUGGGGCUAGCGGCAAGGCUGGGCUCCGCGGCGGCGAUGGUUGACGCUGGGCUGAUGUGCUGGGAGGAGGGGCGGCGGGAGGAGGCAGUGGAAUACUACCGGAGCGCAGCGGGGCUGGGGCACCCCGUCGGGAUGUGCAAUCUUGGGGUCUCCUACCUCGAAGGUCUCCUCGACGGUCAGCACAGAGACUCCCUGGAAGCUGGAGCUCAGACGCUGCAAGAAACAGCUCUCCUCUUCCAUCCCAAGAAACAAGCUGAAGGCACGAUGAUGCUCGCCAAAGGCCAAGGAGCUGAUGGUGUUCCAAGCUGAAGCAAUCAUCGAUGGAGUGCAGUUGCUGUUUUCAGUGCUGUUGGCACUCGGUCCGGAGAUGGUUUUUGUAUCUGAAACUUGGUGUGGUAGAUACCGGUCUAAUAGGUUAGGAGUCAUUAUACUUGGAUUGUGGUUUCUGGCCUUGGACGUACGGUCUAUUUUGGCUAAUCGGCAGCCCUCGGUGCUGCUCCUCAGACGUCAGAUGUAUAGAUCUUUCUGUUUGCGCACGCUUUUGUUGUAAGUAUUGCGAACUGAUUGAUGGGGAUGGUUGUAAUUUCGUUGCAUUCGUGUAAUGAAAUCAGGGGUUAAUCCCGUU